CUAUUACAUCGCUAUAGAACUAGUAAUUUUUGCGGCUUUUGCGUUUUUAUUUAAAAAUGCUCUGGCAUGACUUAAUCCUAGGUACCACCAUUUGAACCGAUACAGUGUGGUUGGUACCACUAACUGAUGAUUGUAAUGUUGCAGUUGAAGAUAAACUCGGGUACCACCAUACCGAACCAAAACAUUUCUUGGUACCACCACCUUCAAUAGCAGUGUUGCCUCUAAAAAUUAAGUGAACGUCAUUUGCAUUCUCAACCCAAACCGCUCCGAUACGACCCCGGGUACGACUUCAACCCCGGAACCACCUCGUGAUUCAACGCAUCACUUGCCAGGUACCGCUGUUAUACCGCUAUAAAACUAGCAGCUUUUCGCGGCGCGCUUCCAGUAUAUCGCGUACCGAUCGUAUACUUACAGACGCAGUAUCACAUCUAGCGAGUAUCUUCGCGUCGAUACUUCGAAAAGCGGUACUCGUUUUCGCGCCGGUAAAGUGGAGCAUUUCGGGAAGAUGCCGUUUCGGUUCGGUUUCGUGGUGCUGGCGAUGCUGGUGCUCUCCGUGUCCGCGGAGAAAUUUAAAGUUAUCAGGGAGUGGCGGUACCUGAACUUCACUUGGAGUUCGCCAGAGGUGUACCAAACGGCUGAACGUACAGGUGCCUACGUUCCCGAGAACAACAUCGUCGCAGGUGUGAAACAGUAUCAAGACCACUUCUAUCUGACGCUCCCCCGUAUGAAACCCGGCGUUCCAGCAACCCUGGCGCGCAUCCCCGCAGGUGCUGCGACCAAGGACACCGCGCCCCUAUUGGAACCGUUCCCCUCAUGGGACAUGAACAAAGUAGGGGACUGUCCAGGCGCUGCAGAAUGUUCAGAAUGUUGAGAUCGAUACGAAAGGGAGGAUGUGGAUCAUAGACGGCGGAAGGACUGAAACGUUGACCAGUGAACCUGUCGUCAGAUGUCCUCCGAAGCUGGUGAUAUACGAUAUCAACCAGAAAUCUACAACGACCUUCUACACUUUUCCGGAUGACGUAGCCAGCUACAAUUCCAGUUUUCUCUACGACAUCGUUGUGGAUGAUACUGACGGGGGAUUCGCAUACAUUUCUGAUAACAGCGCAAAAGAUCCUGGUCUGAUAGUCUUCUCGUUGAAGCAACACCACAGCUGGAAAAUCCGUCACAGCGCCACAAUGCACGCCGACAAGACCGCUUCCGCUUUCAGAGUGAACAGCGUCACCGUCUCGGCGCCCAUCAACGUCGCAGGCAUCGCCUUAGGGCCUAGAGUCAGGCAGCAGAAAGAAGGAGUGGUUGUUAGCGAAGAAAGAGAGUUGUACUAUUGCCCGAUGUCAAGCCUACACGUAUACUCGAUCGGCACGACAGUGCUCAGGAACGAAAUGAACGGAUUCAAAGGAGGGGAGUACCAGGGAGAAGUUAAAGAUCAUGGCAUCAAAAGUUCGCAAACUGCUGGUAUGACUAUGGACAACCAAGGCACCCUUUACUACACGCUGCUAGCAACGAACAGCAUUGCAAAAUGGGACACUCGCCAGCCGUUCCUAUCCGGCCAGAAGAUCAUCGCCAAGGACGAGAAGUACCUAGAAUGGCCGAACAGCUUCGCUUUUGACCAAUCGGGGAACAUCACGGUGCUGGUGAACCGGCUGAACGAGUUCAUCUACGGAAAGUUGAACCUGGAGCAGGUUAAUUUCAGGCUGAUCACUGCCAGAGUUGAUAGGAAGAGUUACUUGUACGACGAGGUGUACGAUUACAGUCCUGAGAUGAAUUUGACUACUACUACGCUAGCGGCGAAUACUGAGAAACUGCCAGAACCGCAGGUCCUUCCAGGUUCCGACCAGGACCCGAAUCUAGCACCCCACUUCGAGCCGACCAAAGACCACCAAACCACAACAGCGAUGCCGACCACCAUGGAUCACAGCGAUAAUGACCACCAAAUGCAAUCGGAUCAAGGGGAAAUGAACCACGACCAAACCCAUGAAGACCAUAAAGAUCAUGGUCACACUGACCACGACCAGAUGGACCGCGAGCACGCCGGUGCGAGUCAGAGUCAGUCGACAACAUCGACAACCGAGAAGCCAAGUUCUGGAAGUGCUCGACAGAUGUCUCUGUUCCUCAGUGUGAUUUUUGCGGCGUCUUUGCUUGCGGUGUGAGAAACUGUGAUGCGGUGUGUUACAGGAAAGGUAAUCGUAGUGGUGCGGUGAUACGUCGUAAGCUCAAAGUUCACAAACUGAUAAGACGCUGAGUUUGUUUCAAUAAGAGUUCGUUAUUGAUUGGAAUCGCGUAUUGAGAAUUUUAAUGUCUCAGUAUAGUCCAUUUCUUCUGGAAUAUCCCUCAAAUUAGCGGAACGUUAUACGAUUUGUAUAAGAUGGACCCCUAAUCCACAUAAUAAAUCAAAAAAUAUACAGGGUACUUCUUGUUUUAAGACGCUCUGGAAUAUGCGUAUCUUUUUUUUUAAUUAAUAGCACUAAUUCAAAAACUGUUAGAGAAAAAUAUAAUAUAGACAUUAAAAAAAUCCCAAAGAAAGCUAUUUGACAAUGUUAAAAUAUACAGGGUGUUUCCUUUGAAAUUUUUGAGAAAACAUAUAUUUUGCGUAUAAAUAGAAGCAUAUUUUAGCAUGUCUUUAUUACAUGUUUGUUAUUGCAUAUAUCAAAAUAAUUUGGAAAUAUGCACUAGUAACAUAUCAAGGUUGCCACGAAGACAGAUUUUAGAUAUCUUCUCCGUUUCCGUUUGGACACCCUGUAUGCUUCAUGAAUGUAUUAUGUAUAUGUAUGUUUGUGAUACUUUGUGAAAAACAUCGAAACAAGCGUCGUUAGACACGCCACCUUCGAUUAGCGACACUUAUCUAACUGAUGGGCGAUAAGAGAAAAAUUAAACGUGCGGUCAUUUAACAAAAUUUACUCAGCAGUCGCUAAUUUGCAGCUAGUUGCAUUCGAAUACCUGUUUAUUUGCGAAGAAAACUAUAUCCCAAGGUUAUUAUAGAAAAAUGUUAUAACACAUAAUCGUUGUUUGUAUUGAAGUGAUUUGAGGUCAUAGGUGUAGAUGGAAAAUUAUUUUUUGCUUGAGCGGCUGAAACUGAUAAUAAAAUAACAAUUACGCGAAAAGUAAUCGACAAAAAAAAUGUAAUUCCUUGUUAUUCUUUUUAUCUACGCCAAUGCUUCAAGUAUGCAACUUUGAGGAAUCGUUGAAAAAGUGCCAUAGAUGGGAAUAUAGAAAAAAAAAAAAGAAUGCACUCAAGGUCAAAAAAACAUUCUGUUCAAAGAUGUGUGUGUGUGAAACCAAGCGCAUUACAUAUAUUAUUGUAUCAAGGCGAAGUUCAGUUUUUUCGCAUAUAAAAAAAUGUUGUACAGAGUGAUUUAUAUCCAUAAAAUGCUUCUUUGAAAACAUGUCCGCCGAAUUUGAUCCGUCAUUCUGAUAUUUGAUAAAUGGAUAUCAUAUUCGUUAUCAGCGAUCUCCAAAGGGUUAUGGAGCUUUUUGGUGAAAUUUAGUGAAUUUUUCUGGUUUUGGCCACUUUUUCGGACUGUGAGGCGUAUUAUCCUCUCUCGACUUUAACCCAGAAGAAUCGGAGAAUUAAAGAAUAAAACUGGUAUAGUCGGAUUUGAAUUACUCUGUACAUUUUACUCUGUAUAGACUUAUAUUAAUGUUAUAAUAGAUUUAUCUGUGAAUUUUAUUUGUAUAAAUAGGUGUUUGUACCUCUAUCUCUUCACCUAGCUAGUCGUAGUUGUUAUUAUCGUUAUAAGCUCUUGUAUGUAUUAUGAUACUAUGUUCUUUUAAAUUUAAAUAAAUAAUUUAUAUAAACAG